AUGAACAGCGCGGUGUCUGGAAUGGUUUUGUCGCUCGGCGCGAUGCAGGUCGCCCGCAAGAUCGACUUCAACGACCCCCAGGUCCUCACCUACGUCCGCAUCUUCUACGUUGCGGUUCAGGCUAUCGUUCUCGGCGUCUACUACUAUGCGACUCUGAAGAUCAAGCAGAAGAACGACCUCAAGGUGCUCAAGUACACCGAGCCGGCAAAGCCGAUGUCUGGCGAGGGCCCGACGCAGGUCACGACCACGAACCGGGACUACGACCUCGCCGAAACCAGCAAGGCGAUCCGUGGUGUUCUCAUGGGCGUCCUCUUUAUGGCCUUCAUGCACGGCUACAUGAAGUACACCCAGCCGCUCUUCAUCCAGGGCAUCAUGCCCAUCAAGGCUCUCUACGACUCCAAGAUCCUCCGCAUCCACCUCCUCAACCGCCCCGCCACCGGCGACCUCAAGCGACCGUUCGAGGCUCCUCCCUCGCUCUUCGCGCCCAAGACAUCGUCCGACAACUCGUCUUCGACUGCUGCGGCCGAGCCUGCCAAGGUCGAGGCAAAGAAGGACAAGUAG